AUGGCGUCAGUCAAGUCUUUGGGGCUGCACCAGCCUAGCGGACUCCAGCACGUAGCCCACGAAGAUGGGCCGCCAUCGGAAUACUCCUGGGAAAUCUUCACCGAACCCGAUCACAACGAGUACGACGAUACAUGCGAUAUUGAAGAUGAGCUGCUGGUCACCAAGAAUUGCGUUGUCUGGAGCCGAGGAGGUGUGUUCCGCAAAUCGUACAAGUUCCAUCUCGAGAAGGAGCCCGUUACCCAGGCCCUCCUCGCAUCCUUUCCUACGUCCGACGACGACAAGAAGAGAGAACCCAACAAGAAGUCGACCGAAUCCCCCCAACAGCCUCGCCGGCUUUCUCGAGCACUCGUCGUCUUCUUGCGUACCCAGGCCCAUGUCUACUUCCUCUCCGGCACGAGCCAUGUCGUCCACAUGCCCUUCGAGGUUGAGGCCGCCUGCGCUGCACCUCAGGGAGUCAUAAUUCAGCGCAAGCAGAGAGGCGACAACACUGCUCCCGUCUCCCUCAAAUUCCCCAAAGUCCCGCCCAAUUCCUUCGUCUCCUCGCAGAUCACCCUUACCUCUCCUCGAAGCUCGCAGCACACGGUCUUCUCUGUCGAGGGCCUGAACAAGCCCAAGUCUCUGCCCUUAAGACUAGGCUCGACGCUAGGAAACAUGUGGGAGCCGUCUCUCGAUGAGCCUGAAUCACACUGGCCGCGCCUGGUGUCCCUGUUGGACCCCUUGCAAGAACUGGGGCUCGUGGUUACCCGACCGGAUGGUGCCGCCAGAGACAAGAGGAAGAAGAACACGCAAAGGUCACCUCACUUCCUCGACCCCGCCGAAGAAAUCUUGCACAUUGAGGAGAUUAAACAUCCCGGUGCUCCGAAGACCAACAACUCCGAACCCCUCAUACUCGCCGUUACUAUCAACCGGGAGGCCAGCACUUACGCCGUCUGGAGGGUAACGUACAUCAAGAACGAGGAUCCCUUCAUCGGCCGCCUUAAAAAGGACAAGAGCAGAGCAGAGCGUCGUCGUAGCUCCAUGCAGCCUCAUUUCGCCAGCGGCGCCUCGACCCCUAUCCAGACCAACUUCCGCGAAAGCUUUGGCGCUCCUUUACCAGGAAAGAGGUCUAGGAAGAGUGAAAAGGUUGACAAGGUCGACAAGUUUGAAAAGCCGCUGGACCUGGUGUCUUCCUUCGACCUCGAUAAAGAGUCCGGCCAUCACAGGAGACAAUCCCGCCGAGUGAGCUCCAUGUUGGCUCGCGCUGACCUGUCUGCCUCUCAGGAGCGUUCCGUCUUUAAUGAACAGUCCUUGGUGCCAGCGCAUGGCGGAUCCAAACGCAUCGAGUCGUACGGCAGCCAAGGACCUAGGCACAGUGGUGGCUACGGUUCUUUCAAUCACAGCCAGACUAUCCACCCCAGUCUGGGCAGCUUAUUGGAGGCCCCAAUUGACGGCGUGCUGGAAGAAUUACGAGCUGGUGGUGAUUUCGAGGGCUUUCAUAAUAUGGGCUUGGACGAUCACGUCUUCGAUGGCCUCUCCCAGGAAAUGAUGUUCACCAAGAUCCAGUCCAUCUCUCUGGACAACUCCAACGUCCGCUACUCGCUUUCUAAGCAACCUGCUCGCGAACAUUGCAACGUCUUCAUCCUGACCGCGCCCCAGUUCGCCCUUGAUGACCCCCUGCGCGGCGAGCUGCUCAUCGGGAUUCAGGAUUCCCUUGAUAAGAGACUGCAGCUCCUGACCAUUGACCUCCAGAGAGGACCGCGCUUUCUCGUUCCACCAAAGCCUGGAAAAAGCUCGACAUCGUCGGAAGAUCCCGUUCGGCUGGCUUGCGGCGCGCUCCGUCGAGCCCACCAUGUUGUAGACUCUUGCAAGGUGACUGAUGGUGACAUAUCCGUCAUUCUCAUCCUGUCUGAAGGGCACGAGGGCCGCAGGGAGCUGAGCAUCCAGGCGCCAUGGAGUCAGAUUACCCCCAUCAACCUUCCGCUAAUGUCAUUGGAAAACGUCCGCAGCCUGCAUUAUCGCGGGCGUGUCGUCGACAGAGACGUUCGCCAUCGCAAGUCCGAGGCCAUCGAGGUUGCUAAUGGCAACGUCAGUGGUCUCAAGUACUCCAAAGCCAAGGGGAUUGUCGAUAUGGUUGAUGGCGAGGGAAGACACCACCAGAUCCAGAUCCAACUGCAACCUCGGAAUCCACAGGUGCGAAAAGUAUUGGACGCGUGUCGCAGUAUUCUUCCGGCGUCUCACGCCGAGAAAAUAUUCCCCGGCUGGUGGCACAUCAUGAUGUGGGUGAAGAGCGAAGAGUUCGAGGUCGCUGACACAGAAUGGUCCGCAGUGGUGAUCCUGCUCCUUUCCAUUUAUCUCGCUCUCGGAAAGACAAACCCGACACAGAAUCCUCCCGUUAAACCUACCAGACGCAAGAGACGAGCCCAGUCCGGCUCGUUUGGGUCGAUCCAAAGCCUCGAGGACUGGAAAACACUGCAUCUCUACGAAACCCCCAAUGCGCUGGGCUGUCCCAGUUGGCAGCAGACUAGGGCCUGGGACUGGACCCUGGACGAGGACGCCAGUGACGACUAUGAUGGUUCUGCUAACUCGGGUCUUCGUGAGUCCAAGUUCAUGUCUACCCAUAUUCAAUAUGCCAAAGGCUACUUGGCAUCUCCGCUCGGUGAAAAAGCCGUUGGUCCGAAUGGUUAUCUGCCAACCGGACAGCAGCGCAGCGCAGAAAACCGCGGGAAUUCCGCAUGGAACAUAUUCGUUGCCCUUCAUCUCCUACUGGAGGAGCAGAAGCUGGAGAUAAUGAGUCCUGAAUAUGCUUCUCCGGGAACGGCCCCAUUACGCGUGGUCCUCUGCCAGAUUGCCCGCUGGCUUGGAUGGCACGACUUCGUGGCUAUAUAUGAGUUAGGAAUCCAGGAGGAGCUGGAGCCGCGUUACGACGCAGAGUUCCGCCUCGAAGUACCUCUCACUCAGCCAUCGGGCGUCGAUUUUGACAUCUUCCACUGGAUCCAGACAUGUCUCGCUACCGGCCAAUAUCACCCGUUCCUGACAUUGGCCAAUCUUUACCACUCUCAAACAGUAAAAGCUGAGCAAGACCAUCUAAAGGAUUCAAGAUGGGCCUCCAUCACCCCCAGAACGCUGAUGUUUAAACGUCUCUUUGAGAAACUCACACCGAAAAGCAGCCCAUCCAGUAUGGUUGAAGCCAUACAUUCGGCAGGCAUCAGCAGUCGUGUUCUUGAGACACUCCCCGAGGCUGCGCUCACUCCUCUGAAAGAUUCGAUAUCAAGGUGCCAGGCCCGACCGCCAGCCUCAUGGCCCAAGGACUUGCUGGAGCUCGUCAACCGCGGCGACAUCAGCAUGAUCUUGGCACCAACCAAGAACCUGCAGAAGAGUGGCGCCAACAUUCUUACACCCACGCACAACGCCUCCUGGGAUUACCGAACCAUAUGCCAGAGCGUCGAUGAGCACAACAACAUUGGCUACGACGAGGGCGAGGGUACCGAGCGACAAGCCGUCAUACGAGCUCUUUUUAAAGAGGAUCGUCGUCUGAACGAGGCUCAAAACCUCUUGUCGACCCACAAAGCCCGCGUCGUCCGCCUUGAAGCCGACCCAGCAUGGUCGGAGAGCGAGUACCUCGAGAGGCAGAAGGAGCUCGUCUCCAGAAUAGCCACCGGCACACUGGCCAUCCCCGCCGGCCGUGCUCUCUUAUACUACAGCCUGCGCUAUCCACUCCUGACGCAGAAGUUCCACGUGGCCGGCUUCAAUCUCAACUGCGUUGUUCGCCCAACAAACGUCACUGUCGGGGUUGACAAGGCACUGUUCACCGAGGAGAAGGUUUGCUGGGGUUUCUUCCAUCAGGGCGUGGCUGCUGGGCUCGCAAUUUCACCACAGGCGAAGGGUAUCGAUACCUCAUGGAUUCUGUACAAUAAGCCCGGUCACGACCUCAGCAAUCGCCAUGCCGGCUUCCUUCUCGCUCUGGGCUUGAACGGCCACCUCAAGGGCAUCGCCAAAUGGGUCGCUUUCAAGUACCUGACCCCCAAGCACACCAUGACCUCUGUUGGUCUGUUGCUGGGGCUCGCCGCAUCUUACAUGGGCACUAUGGACUCUCUCAUCACCCGUCUUCUCUCGGUACAUGUUACUCGCAUGCUACCCCGAGGGGCCGCGGAACUGAACCUGUCUCCGCUGACUCAGACGACGGGCAUUAUGGGCAUUGGCCUGCUAUACUGCAAUAGCCAGCACAGACGCAUGAGCGAGAUUAUGAUGUCAGAGAUCGGGCAUGUUGACGAAGAAGACGAGGAUGAGCCUCUUCGCAGCGAGUGCUACCGCCUUGCCGCCGGCUUCUCGCUCGGUCUCAUCAACCUCGGCAAAGGGAACGACCUCCGCGGACUCCACGACAUGAAGCUCACGGAAAGUCUUGUCACGAUCGCCACUGCCACGAAGAAGGUGGAGAUGGUCCACGUCUUGGACCGAGCAGCAGCGGGCGCGGUCAUGGCGCUGGCUCUGAUUUUUAUGAAAUCCGAGGACCAUAUCGUUGCCCGGAAGAUUGAUGUACCCGAGUCCAUCGUCCAGUUCGACUACAUCCGGCCUGACAUCUUGCUCUUGCGCACCGUUGCGAAGAACCUCAUCAUGUGGAGCAAGAUCCAGCCGACGUUCGAAUGGAUCUUGGAGAGCCUGCCCAAGCCUUACCGCAACCGCCACAAGCUGGUCAACACCUCCAAGCUGAAGAGCACCGACCUACCAUUCUUCAGCAUCAUCACAGGAAUCUGCCUCUCAAUCGCACUGCGUUAUGCAGGCAGCGCGUCUGCGAGGGUACGAGACCUUUUGAUUCAUUACCUCGACCACUUUAUCCGCAUCUCUCGGAUACCCGCCACGCAGCGACCGCCGCCCCUUGACCACCCCAUCUACGACGAGGAGCUGGCUCGUUCGAAUGCCCGCAUGUGCCAGGACGUCCUUGCGCUCUCUGCCGCGAUGGUUAUGGCGGGAACCGGUGACCUCGUCGUGCUUCGUCGUCUCCGUCUGCUGCACGGCCGGGAUGACCCCGAAACACCGUACGGCUCGCACUUGGCUGCCCAUCUGGCCAUCGGAUCGCUAUUCCUCGGAUGCGGAACGGUCACAUUUGGCACAAGCAACAUGGCCAUCGCCAGUUUGCUCAUCGCCUUCUUCCCCAUAUUUCCCACAUCGGUCAUGGAUAAUCGGUCUCACCUCCAGGCCUUCCGUCAUUUCUGGGUGCUGGCCACGGACCCCCGCUGUCUCGUCGCCAAAGAUGUGGCUACGGGCCAGCCCAUCUCGGCUCCCAUCGAGAUCCGCCGGAAAACGACGGCGGCGCAGGAAGAGGCCGACGCGAUCGCCACCGUCCGCCACACACCCUGUCUCCUGCCCCCGCUCGGAGAAAUCGCCAGCAUCCGCACCAACGCCGGGCCGGCGUUCUGGGACCUCGAGAUCGAUUUUGAAAAGAACCCGUCGCUUGUUGACGCCUUCCGGCAGAACCAGAGUCUCUAUCUCCGCCGGCGUCCCGCGCAAGAGGCACCGUUCACUUCGACGCUACGCGCCCUCGGCCGCGACGCGCUCGCCGACGUUACCGACAACGGCAAACGCGAUCCCCUCGAGUGGGUGUUCGGUCUCGACGCUCUCCGCGACCUCACAUACGCCGAACGCGCCACCGUGCUCGACCGGACCACCUCGUCCGAGGGUGCAGGCGGCGAGAGCUCCGGGUCGGCUGUGGACGCGCGUCUCGUGCUGGAGCGCAGCACGGACGGGUCCUCGAGGGAGCGGCUGCUCGGGCUCAAGAUGCUGUUCGAGUGGGCGGACCGUCGCGCGCAGCUUGACCGCAGCUCGUGGGCCAAGGCCAAGAACGGCGGCGACGGCAAGGAGGGGGAGAAGAAUCAGGAGUGGUGGAUGCGGGAUAGCGUCGUGGAGGAGAUCAAGGGGCGGGUGUUCAUGGCCGGGCGUGAAGACGGGCCGUAG